AUGGUCGAGAAGGUUUUGGGAGGUGGAGGUCAGCGGGGAAAUAUGAGCAGUUCUUCGACUGGUGCUUCAGGAUCAUCUGGCGCUGGUGCUGGCAGUGGCAGUGUUGUUCCGCUGGACGAAUUCCACCCCUUCAUCGAGGCCCUUCUCCCUUUCGUAAAGUCCUUCAGCUACACCUGGUUCAAUCUGCAGGCAGCCAAGCGGAAGUACUACAAGAAGCACGAGAAGCGGAUGAGCAUCGAGGAGGAGCGGCGUUGUAAGGAGGAUCUUCAGAACGAACGCAUCGAGGUGAAGCAAAAGUGGGCCUCGAGGCUGCUGGGCAAGCUGCGGAAGGACAUUACGCAGGAGUUUCGGGAGGACUUUGUGCUGGGCAUCACGGGGAAGAAGCGGAUUCAGUGUGUGAUGAGCAAUCCCGACCAGAAGGGCAAGAUGCGGCGGAUUGACUGUCUGAGGCAGGCGGAUAAGGUUUGGAGACUCGAUCUGGUUAUGGUGAUACUCUUCAAGGCAAUUCCCCUCGAGUCGACAGAUGGGGAACGGCUGGAAAAGUCGAUUGACUGCCUUUACCCGAGUCUGUGCGUCAAUCCCUAUCACAUUAACGUCUCGGUGCGGGAGCUUGAUCUCUACCUGGCCAACUUUAUCUUCUCUCAUGAGCAUUUGCGUGGCAUUCCACAGCUGUACGGUGGAGGUGGGCAGGCUACUGAGCAGGUGGUCGAUGAUGAGGACGAAUCUGAGGAGGCGAAGGUGGCCAUCAUCUCCUCGACGGCAGCCUCUUCGAGCAGUGACAUUAACAACAAUAACAGCAGCGGCAAUGCUGAAG